AAGACACUUGAUUCAGUCAACACCUUCUACUCCAAGCUAUAUAAGGGAGACCCCAACCUUUCACAAAAAUUAAAAUGACGCCACAUGCUGAAAUGUCAUUAUGUGAAAUCUGAGAAUGCCUUCGGCUACCAAGCAUCAAGCGACCUUCAGUCGUGACCCGGGCCGUCUAUUCGGGGUUCAGGGUCGGGCCGAAUUCGGCACGCUGGCUGGUAGUGGGUGGCCCGUGUCUGCGUUCAAGAUGGAAGCCUCGCUGACAACGGGAAAUUUUCCUUCAAAAAUUCACCUGUUUCUUGGGAUAUUUUGGCUGUUACGGUGCGCCUUGGUGUCUCGGGCGCAGUGUGAGGGGCCAUGCGAGGGGGCAGGCGGCUACGGUCUUGGAAAAGAACCCUUACCCAAAGACUGUAAGGAUAUCCAGGACAGAGGCAUGACGAAGAGCGGCGUGUACACCAUCUUCCCACAGGACGUGUACCUGUGUAUAUCGCUACGCGUGUACUGCGACAUGGAGACAGACGGCGGAGGGUGGACGGUGUUCCAGCGCCGAUACGACAACAGGCAGGACUUCCACCUGCGCUGGAUGGACUACCGCCUGGGCUUCGGCAGCCUAGGGGCCGAGUUCUGGCUAGGCAACGAGCACCUAUACCACAUCACCCCUCAAGACGACUACCUGCUCCGGGUUGACCUGGAGGACUUCGAGGGAGGGAAGAGCUCAGCAUCGUACGCCGGGUUCCGAGUCGGGAGCGAGACGGAUAACUACCGGUUGUACCUUGGGAACUUCACCGGGGGCGAUGCUGGUGACUCCCUAAGCACGCACGGCGGCAGUUCCUUCUCCACCAGCGACAGCGAUCUCUCCGGGGGCGCCUGCCCUUCCUUCCGGGGCGGGGCCUGGUGGUACCCCCGGCUGUGCGGCGACAGCAACCUGAACGGCCGGUACCUGGCCGGCGUACACACGGAGUUCGGCGAGGGGGUCAUGUGGCGCGCCUGGCGGGGGCUAACGUACUCCCUGCGCCGGACGGAGCUCAAGUUCCGCCCCAUGACGGAGAGCGACCGGCAGCUGCCUACCACGCCCCCGAAGAAGAGCGGAGGGAAGACCGCUGGUGAUGAGGGGGAUGAAGAGGACACUGACGAGGGAGAAGACGAAGAAACAUCGUCAUCGUCGUCUUCCUCGUCAGUCGAAGAAGAACCUGAUGAGUUGAUGGGAGUUGGACCGACCGAGAUGUCACCAGAGGUGCCCUUCAAGGGUCGGGUCAAGGGAAGCAUCCAGCCCAGAAAGAGUAAGAAAUCUAAGAAGGGUGAUAGAGGAAGACUUUAAGGUUGAAAAUCGCGAAAUAAUAUCCCAUUUUGCACAAAAUGCUUUAAAAGAGGUGCUGAACAUUAAAGUUAUACCUAUGUGGUAUGAAAUUUUCCCUUUUUAACGUAAACCAUUUUUAAAUAAGCCUUUGAUAAACAAAUGAUUUGCUUGUAUUGAUUUCAUCAUCAUCAUCAUGUCGGGAUCGCCUGGGUUGUGACGACAUCACGAGCCAGUCCCUGAGUCCUCUUCCUCCAGCUGUCUCGAUCUACCAUGCAGGUGCGCAGCUCCUCUGCAGAUGUGAGAUCGGUGUCCCUCUUGAGCUGGUCCACAAAGGUCAGACUUCUUCUCCCUCUUGAGGCAGUGCCCUGGGUGGGCUCCCACAGUAUGAACCAACAAUGAUCUAUUUCUAUACUCUACAGUCGACAAAAGGGUUUUUAACUGUAUAAAAAAAGUUGCUGAUGAUUCACAGCAAUAACACAAAGGGCUAGGGACAUGCUGUCUGCUGCCACCUAGCGACUCGAAAGAUCCCAUGGGAAUGCGUGCGCAGGAUAUGACGUCACGAAACUCCUGACCAAAAAAAGUUUUAAAAAGUGGGUUGUGUUUUUUCUUGGAGCUUAUAAUUAUUGCUUUAAAGUUUUCCCUGUAAAAGCUUAUAGUAAGUUGGAAGGAUAUUAUCGGAUCAAGAUUGCAUAACAUGCUGCAAUAAUGCAAGUAUGACGGGGUGAAUAAACGCUUAAGUUUACACUAUU